ACAUUUGCAAUUGCUCUAUCUUUAUUUAUGAAUUCGGAAAUGUUCAUUAUUGAAUUUGAGUUUGACACUUUGACUAUCUAGUAUCUAUUUCUGAAUUUGGAAAUGUUCAUUCCAUUGUUCAAGAUCUACAAAAGUGCAGAGGGGAGACUCUUCUCAUCACAACUAGCAAUUGAUAGGAGAGGAAAACAACAACCAGAUUUAUGGUGGGAGAAUUAUGGUGCCGGCACGCCUAAUCUUCAAAAGAUAGCUAUCCGUGUUUUGUCUCAGCCAUGCAGUGCUUCUGGGUGUGAACGAAAUUGGAGUGUCUUUGAAAGCAUUCACACAAAGAAGAGAAAUAGAUUGUCACAAAAGCGGCUCAAUGAUCUAGUAUUUGUUCGGUACAACCUUCGCCUUCGAGUUAGACAGGUGGAGGGUGUUUCACAUGAGGCCAUUGACUUGGAUGAAAUUGAUCCAUAUGGUGAUUGGACCAUGAAUGAACAAAAUGAUGGUGAUGAUGUCCUCCUUACCGAAGAAGAAAUUGCAGAAAUAGAGAGAGGAGCAGCACAAGAUGCAGAAGGAGCAAGAUUGGAUGAAGAUGAGGACGAAGAUGAGGAUGAUGAUGAGGACUAUGACUUUGAAGAAGAAUCAUCUCACCAUUUAGAUACCACAACACCCACUGCUACUACUUCUAGCUCAAGGCCUGAAAAAUUGAGCUAUAUUAGGAAAAAUACAAAGAGGAAGAUGUAGUCUUCUCUUUGGUUUGUUCAUUCACAUUGCUGUUUUUCACAUUUGCAGUUGGACUUGGACAUAUCAUUAUAUGUAAUUUUGUGAACAUUUAUAUACUUAUGCUGCCAUUAUAGUAUUAUACAUUUUAGAGUUGAAACUUGAAACUUGAAUAUGCUGCCAUGAAUGAUGAAAUUUCAAA